AUGGGUCUACUCUCUACAUGCAGCGUUGGAGGGCAGGGGAGAGAGAAGAAUAGAGAUACUAAGCCUGUCUGUAAGUGCGAAAUUAAAAAACGAAAAUACAAAAGUGGAGGCUCAACAACAACAGCAGCAAAGGGACUCGGAGUGGUGGACAUCUUCGCAGAUUUGCCAGACUUGUCUUUACUCUUUCCCCUUCUAUCCCUUUUUCACUAUCCGACGGCGAUGGGGGUAGGAUCAGGAACAUCUUCCAAGCUCAAAAAUGCAGCCAGGAAGAUGAUGGUCGCUGCAUGCGGCUCCUUCUCCAGGAAUAGCCCUCCUCGUAUGUCAGUGUCACCCACAAAGCCAAAGUGGAAGUCGGAAGCUGAAGCCGGAAUUGAAGCAGAAUCCUUCACCAGCCAUAACGACCUUACUUCUAAGAACUUAUGUGCUAUAUGUCUGGAGGUUCUAAGUUACAGCUCUGGCAGCAGCCCAGGGCAAGCUAUUUUCACAGCCCAGUGUUCUCAUGCAUUCCACUUUUCCUGCAUAUCCUCCAAUGUUCGUCAUGGUAGCAUCACCUGCCCUAUUUGCCGUGCCCACUGGACGCAGUUACCGCGCAACUUAAACCCACCUGCAUGUUCCCUCUCUUGCAACCAAAGUGACCCUGUUUUCCGUAUCCUGGAUGAUUCCAUUGCCACUUUCCGGGUUCAUAGACGUUCCUUCCUUCGCUCAGCACGCUAUGAUGAUGAUGACCCUAUUGAGCCUGACCACACACAAAAUCAUCCCCGUCUUGAUUUAGCUCUGAUUCCCCUCCAACCAGCAGUUUUGACUCACCCCUGCUGCUUUCGGCAUCAGUCCUGCUCACAUUCAUCUUCUUUGCAAAUGCCGGGCAUUGGGCACAACUCAAACCAUCAUCACCAUCAUCAUCACUUCAGCAGCUCCUCAUCAUCAUCGUUACUGUUGCAACCUAGACAAACACCUUCCUACAUGUGCUCCUCCUCAAAUAGGAGACCUGCCUAUCUCUGCAUAAAAUUGACACAUUCACAAGCUACAGACAUGGUACUGGUUGCAAGCCCCAAUGGGCCACACUUGAGGCUUCUAAAACAAUCCAUGGCAUUAGUGGUAUUCUCCCUCCGACCAAUUGAUCGUUUGGCCAUUGUGACAUACUCAUCUGCUGCAGCACGCGUCUUCCCUCUCAGGCGCAUGACAUCCUAUGGGAAGCGAUCAGCGUUACAAGUCAUUGAUCGUCUUUUCUACAUGGGACAAGCUGAUCCAAUUGAAGGGCUUAAGAAAGGGAUAAAGAUACUUGAAGAUCGUGCACAUAAGAAUCUGCAGUCCUGCAUCUUGCAUUUGUCUGAUAGCCCAACAAGAUCAUACCAUGCCAUGAACUUGCAAUUGCCUAUUCCAAUACAUCGGUUUCAUGUGGGAUUUGGCUUUGGCAGCUCUAAUGGCUUUGUCAUGCAUGAAUUUGAAGAGUUUCUAAGACAGUUGUUGGGAGGUGUGAUUAGAGACAUUCAAUUGAGAAUUGGGGAGGACGCCAAGAUCAUUAGGCUUGGGGAUCUAAGAGGGGGUGAAGAGAGAAGGGUUUUGUUGGACUUGGGCGAGUGUGUACCUGUGUCUGUGGGGUAUAGCUAUGUUGAGGGAGGAAAUGAUGAAUGCAUCAAAACAGGGGAAACUGUGGUGAGUAUAGAGGAUAAAAGGGAAACAGAUGAUGGCGACGGAGACACUGCUAUCAGCAUUGUUGGUGGAAGGACCAGCAGUGUUGAGGGUUGGGAUUACCAUGAUCCUUACAUGGCUAGAAGAUGGGCUAAGCAUUUGCAUGGCUACAGGUUCUGAAUCUGAAUCAACCAACCUAAAUCCUACCGUAGAUAUGGAUAUUUCAUUCAUUUCCUCGGGGAUUUUAGUCAUGUAGGACCUCUGAUCUCCAGACCGUUCAAUCAAACAGCUAAUGCUCAGUGCAAAAGAUGUUUAUAUACCCAAAUCUAAGAUUAAAAGAUAUAUAUAAUCUAAAUUUUUUGCUCCUAUAGAUAGACUCUGAUUCACGAUACCAUUCUUGAAGCUGUCAGCCAUAUAUGAAUUGCAAUUUGCAAUACCACAUGUUCGUUGUGUAUUGAGUCAAUUGAUCAUUGGUUAGGCAUAAACCAAGAGUGGAACUGUUUCGAUCAUAUGAGUAGUUCAACAAUCAUCUAUUCACUUAUCAUUUGCAUGAGUAGAGUUGAUUCAGAUUCUUCCUAUCAAAAUCAAGCUUCUUUCAUAACACUAACAUCUGCUUUAUAAUUUUGAUCAAGCUUCCUCCUUUGGUUAUGGAAUUUUUUUUAUAUGACUUGUUUGGCUAUUGGUUAUUUGAAGGGGACAAUGUUAAUGGCUUUUGAUGAAUGGAUGGUGUCUGAUCUAAUUAUGGUAUUGCAAUUUAUGAUGUAAUGCGUUGAAGGCAUCUCUUUUUCCUUGUUCAAAUGUGUAACCUGGUUUGGGUUUUUAGUUGGAAGUAAUUAAUGAGAAAAAAAAGAGGAGUAAGAUAAGUAUUUGAAUAACUGAAAGGAGCAAGUAGUAUAUUUGGAAAACAUUUGAGGCGAGUUUGAAACUAGAUGAAGGAAGGUUUGUGUCAUGUAUUAGGAAUUGAAGAGGGAUUUGAAAUCCCAUAAUUGUAACUCAAACAUUAACAAAGUGGACCAUUACAUUACCCCUACAAUCAUAAGGCAAAGAUGUCGAAUUUAGUGUUGUAAUUGUAAAUUAACUAUUAAGCGUUUGAAUUGUAAGAAUUUGGAAUAAAUUCAUAAAUUCAUCCCUGAAAAUUUCUAUUUUUCAACAUUUAAUGAAUGCCGAAAGUAUACAAGUA